AUCUGUCAAAGAUAGAUAAAAACUUUGUCGAUCGCUUCCUCCUCUCACAUAGUUUCGGCUUCUCCGUUGUUUCAGGAUACAAAGGGGGAAAAAAUCGAAUUCUUUCUCUCCAAGCGACAACUAGGGCUUCGAAUUAUCUAUCUCGUCAAGGCUUCGAAAAGAAAGUGAUUGCAUUAAGAGAAGCAUUGGGAUAAAGAUGAGUUUUACUCAGGCUAAUUGUUUUCGACCAUCUUACUAUCCUGCAAGGAUAACACGACCAAAUUGUGUCUCCAGUGUACCUAUUAGGUCGUCAGUACGCUUUGAUUACUGCCCGCGUACCUCAUUUACGCUUCGAGCUACUGCUGCAGUGUCUACUCAGUUUUCGCCUCUUCUUGAUCAUCGCCGUCGUUUGCCUACUGGGAAAUCGAAACAAAGUCCUGCUGUGUGCUUAUUUGGUGGGAAGGAUAAACCUGAUGGUAGUGAUGAGAUAUCGCCAUGGAAAGCAAUAGAGAAAGCUAUGGGGAAGAAAUCGGUUGAAGAUAUGUUGCGAGAGCAGAUACAAAAGAAAGACUUUUAUGAUACUGACAGUGGCGGCAACAUUCCUCCACGGGGAGGCAGUGGUGGCGGUGGUGGAAAUGGUGAGGAGCGUCCUGAAGGAUCAGGAGGAGAAGAUGGUGGUCUUGCUGGGAUCGCAGAUGAAACCUUGCAAGUGGUUUUGGCAACCCUAGGCUUCAUCUUUUUGUACACCUACAUUAUCACUGGGGAGGAAUUGGUCAAGCUUGCAAGGGAUUACAUUAGGUUUCUUAUGGGAAGACCUAAGACUGUUCGAUUGACCCGAGCCAUGGAUGGUUGGAACGGAUUCUUGGAGAAGAUGUCGAGGCAAAGAGUGUAUGAUGAGUAUUGGCUAGAAAAGGCGAUCAUCAACACGCCAACCUGGUAUGACAGCCCCGAGAAGUACAGACGUGUUAUCAAGGCUUACGUGGAUUCAAAUUCUGAUGAAGCUUAUGUGGACUCAAAUUCUGAUGAGGUAUCUUACUAGGUUAGGAACAGGAAGAGAUCCAUAAUAACAAUUGAGUUUUUUU